AUGCCCCCCUCAGAGACCUCCUCAGAGUCCAUCCCCUACCGCGCCUCUCUCUUCCUCAAUCUCUCCGGCCCCAGCGCCGUCUACCUGGCCAUUUACCCAGGUCACUCACACGCCCGAGUAGUCUCGGCAUUCGAAGAGCACCAUCUCACCCGGGGUCACCAUGCCGCCUUCACGACCGUCACUCGCGGCACCACAACCAAAACCAACUCCACCACCACCAGCACCUCGUCCACAACGACCGCCAUCCGUUACCCUCCAUACCGGUCCACCCGCUUUCCGCAGCGGUCCGACCGUUCCUCUAAAUCAUACCGAAGGUCCUCCCGGCCUAUCUUCCCUAACCCCGCCCCAGACUACGAACUGGACCCCGACGCUAGCUACUUCAGCGACCCGUCUCACCCCUCAGCACUCAUCGUCCCAGAUACGGAUGGGAUCGCCGAGAGGGUCCUCCAUGAUAAACAUAGACGGCUUUAUAACGAUACCGUCCACUGCCUUCUUGGGUCGGAGACAGCCAUCCCUGACUUCUACCACCGCGCACAGUUUGCGGUAUUUAAGAUGAGCGUCGAUGAGCGUUUAUUGGACGAGGACGUGCUUGCCGCGGUCCAAAGGUUUGGUGAGGGUGUCGGGCUUCCUUGCCCUAUUGCUGCCGAUUUUUGCGAGGGGUUUUUGGGCACUCUAACCAAUGGGAAGGCGGAUAUUUUGGACUGGACCCUUUUUGAAUGGAGUGAGUCGGAGACUGAUCCGUCGCUCUUAAGUGGGAACUGGGAUGUUUCCGUUGUUAAUCGCAUUGCGCAGGGGCCGCGGACGGAAUCCCAGAGAGACGUAUAUGUGGUCGCGGAGAUCGAAAAGUUUCUAGAUCGUCAUUACGAUAUCUUCGGAAAUGAUUCAGACCCUCAGAUGACCUGGGCCAAUGUGCCCGACGAGGAGACGAGGAACGCGGCGCUGGAGGUAUUUAGGAGUUUGGGAAGCAGGGAAGAUGUAUGGGAGCAGUGGGAGGGGAGUCAGAAUGUGAAGGGGUUCAUGGAUGUUUGGGGGUGGGUUCUCGAGACACGGAAUCGUCUCGGUCCUUGCUGGCAAGGUGCUGUUGUUUAUAGGUAG